AUGGUCUCAGCCAGUAAACAGAAACAUUCCGUAUUGGAAUAUCUCCUCAAUUGUAGGCGUUUAAGGGCAAACAUGCUUGACAAAGCACAGAAGGCCUCUGACCCUGGUCGCUGUAACGGUAGCGGAAAGAAAUGCGGAAAAAAAUAUUACAGUUUUAUCCAUGCAGCUAUUUACAAUUGCAAAGAAAACAGGGAUUGGGUAAUGGUAGUACAGAGCAAAAGACGACAUACAGGAUUGGGUUUUUAUUGUUUUUUAUUUCACUCCGCGGUGUUCUCACAAGCCCGCUUUUAUUUCUUUGCUGGCUUUAUUCCAUAA